AUGGCGUGGAGGAGCAGAAUGGUUUCGUUGAACUGUCCUCCCGAAUAGUUUCCGAAAGCAAUCUGCAUUCCAGAUCACAAUGGAUCCGCCACCGCCGUUCGACGCGACUCCGAACGCUUUGCUCGUCAGUGCUUCGUACGAUCAAUCGAUCCGAUUGUGGAAUCUGAAUUCGGGAAAAGGCAUUGGAACGAUUCCGCACAAUGAGGGGCAGGUAAGCGAAACAUUUAAAACGAAAAGAAGGAGAAGUUGAAGGUGAAUGCGCUGAGUCUCACUUCGACUGGCAGAGAUCUCGCAGUCGGCGGAUGGCAGAGAGUUCGCAUCUACGACGUUUCGUCCGGAAAAGAUCCGAAAGCUACGAUCGAACUUCCGAAGAACGUGACUGUCGUUGGGUUCGAAGCUACCGGCAGAUGGAUGUUCACGGGCGGAGACGACGGAGUUUGCAGGAUUUGGGAGAUGAGGAACAACCAGUUGGUGGCCAAUCGGCUCCUAGCCGUGAGUCCGAUUCAGUGGAUUCCUGUAAUUUGAAAUGUCUUUUGCAGUUCACACCGUCGCAAGUGACCAGUAUUGUGCCCAACAUCAACCAGACCGAUCUUUUCAUCUCGACUAAUGCCGGUCAUGUUUAUAUCUGGGACGUCGUCAAUCACAUGUUCAUGCGGCUUCCGAUGCCGGAUAAAAUGCACAUUCUGGAGCACGUGCAGAGGCUGACCGUUCAUCCGUCUGGCAAGAAGCUGACCGGACUGACGAACAAGGGACGUCUUCUGUGUUGGGAUCUGAUGACCCGACAGGUGGAGGCCAACUCCUUCGAUAUGUUCAAAUCGCCAAUUGUGCCCGUCGAGCAGGAAACUGGCACUUACGCAUAUCUGCGCGAUGAAGACAGAGUGCAUCGGAUGCCACGUGGAUACGGACUGUCUUGUCGAUACAGUCCCGAUGGAAAAUGGAUUGUCGCGUCGGGAUCAGAUCAGGAAGUGGUAGUGAUUAAUUCGGAAACGAUGGAGCAAGUGGCUUGUCUCCGAACUGGCUGCUCCUGGAAUUGGGAUGCCAUUUUCUCGUCCGAAGGUCGGUACAUAUUCACCGGCGGCGGCGACAAUCAAGUCAAGAUCUGGGACGUGGUGAGCGGAAGCAAAGUGGCGCAAUGGGAUGGACACAUAAAACCGAUUACGGCAAUGUGCGUGAACGGACCGUGA